AUGUCGUCUGCGGUUGAAAAGUCAAAAAAGCCCAAAAAGCCUCUUGACGAGGAGCACGCCUGUCGCUGGGCCGGAUGCAGCGAAGACAAAUUCCCAAAUUUGGCCUCUUUGGUCAACCACGUGAGCAACGCCCAUUUGGCUCAGAACACCCAGGUCUAUACGGCUUCCCAGAUGCGCUACAGCUGUCAGUGGGAGGGAUGUUCUCGAUUUGACGUGGAGCAGCCUUCCCGUUUUGCCCUUAUUUCACAUUGCCGGACCCACACUGGUGAAAAACCGUACUUCUGUCCUAUUCCCGAGUGUGACAAGCACUUCACCAGAUCGGAUGCCUUGGCCAAGCACGUCAAGGGUGUGCACGAUUUGCACCAGCACAGAGACGCCAUUGCGUUGAUGAAGUACAGAAAAGAGAGGAACAAAGGAGAUGUGUUUUUGGAGGAGAACUUGGACACUUUGACCGAGGAGGAGUAUGCGAUGUUCUUGCGGAGAGACUACGAGUUGCGGAUGCCAUGGUGGUUUUCCAAGCGCUUUGUGGAUUCGCUUAAAGCCGAGGAUUCUACUUUGCAGAGUCUCUACGAUCAGCCUUUGGAACUCAGGCAGUAUGACUUGGCCUUGUCUCGUUACAAGACAUACCUUAAAAACCAGCAAAAGGACGAUCUUUUGACAGAAAUGAGCGACGACACUGCACGUCAAGUGAAGCAUGCCGUGGCCAACUACAGGCCUGACACAUUGAACGUGUACGAGGGAAGUGACGUUCUGAAGCUCUAUAACUCAUACAGCAAGCUUACAAACAAACUUGCCACGGCAACGCGAGUACAGAAAAUCACCGAGCGGAAGCUUGAGGAGGCCAAGAAGGAAAAGAGGCGGUUGUGGGCUUUGACCCAGGUUUUGCUCGAUGCCAAUGUGGAGCUUGGUUUGCCCGAGGGUGAAGUCAACGUCGACGAGCUUGACAAAAUCCUUCUAGCAGAUGGAGUUGAGGAAGGCGAGGGAAACUAA